GUAGCCCCGGCUCCCCCGCUCCAAGUUGCUGCGGCCGACGGGGAGGACAAGAUGGAGGAGCAGCAAGUGGCGGAGGCCUCGCACUGCGCGGAUGACUUGCGGCUCCCGCUGCGGAAUCUGGUGCAGGGACUGCGGGAAGUGGCGUCGCAGCUGCGAGAGGGAGAAUCGUGGAAAUUGGAAGAUUUUGACUUGCAAUUCUUCUGGAAAACUCUAGGUGAGUGUUUCAAAGCAGUAUCUCAGGAAGCCACAAAGCUAAGUUUGGCUUUUUCAAAGCCGCCUCUGCCAUCUGUACAAGACUGCCAGAAGCUCACUGCUGAAAUUCAGAAGAGCAUCCUUAAUGUAGCCAGUGUGUAUUACUGGUUACCAAAGUGUCAAGGCUUAACUUUACGUCGAUUAGUUCGAAAUGCCACCAAGGACGUAGUGGAGGGAGUUAUUCAACUAUUGAAUGUGAUACUGGGCACACCACUUCAAAGUUUGUCCCAGGACCAACUGACAUCCACGGGUGGAGUCUGGGAAGCGUGUGACAAGUUUUCCAAGAUACCAAAAGAUAAUCAUGCAGCUGUUCUAUCCCUGAUGUCCACUUACUCUGCUAUUGUCGAAGAUGCUUUGGAAGAAAUGAAACAGGCUCAACAUGCAGAUAAUGCAGAUCCAUUCAGUAACAUUUUUGAAGAUGACGAUUCCUACUUGCGAGAAAAUCGGGACACUUACUGGUCAGAAGAAGACAAACAGGUCAUAGCUCCUUGUUUGGGACUACUGAAAGCAGCCAAAGCAUGUUUGAAAAAAGUCUCCGAAGCUGUUAAAAAUCAUGGAAAGGUAGACACGUUGCAAAACAUAACACAGUUGGAUGAUCUGGGUGAUGUCACCAAUGAAAUUAGCCCCAGUGUUGAUGAAUUGGUCUUAAGUCUUUAUCCUCCAAUGAAUUAUAUCACUGUUCAAAUGAAUGCUGCGAAGGUUGCUUCUGUGUUGAAAAAAUCACUGGAAAUAACCAAAUCCAGUCACGUGUGCCUCGAAUCAGAGAACAACUGGUUGCAGUUCUUAAGCGGAGCAAUUGAUCACAAUAUGGACAAAGUGAAAGAUUUAACACAUGGUUCUUAGCUUGUAAAAGGAGUUUACCGUUACCUGUCGCUUACAGAGAACAAUAAUGGACUGAAAAAGCAUAUGUUUAUUCUAUUCAGGAAACUCAACCGGUAAAUAAACACUGUGGUCAAUACUUUAAUUGUCGAUACGACUGUGUUUGUAUGCCUGUGAUCUAUCUCCAGGGUAACCAAAGCAUCUUAAUUUAAAAAUUGUCUGAAUAUUGAUUCUUUAAAUGCACUCUGAUCUAGCAUUGUUGUAUAUUGGCAUGAAUUCAGUGUUCUGAAGAAGAAAGAGUACCUUUUGUUCUUUGAAAAUUGCAGUAAUAUUUUAACAUCAAAUCCAGAUUUAUUUUAGUUUUUGAGAUAGGUUUUAUCUUUCCAUCAGAAAUGCACAAAAGUCUUCUGUGUCUAAUAAGAUUGACUAUGUAUUACUUUAGUCUAUAUGAGUCCAGUUUCCAUAAGAUGCAUGGUCACAGCAUAGAAUAUAUUUUGUUUAGUUUUGAGACACUGCAUGGAAAUAGGCUCUUCAGCCCACCAAGGCCCUACCAACCAUCAAUCACCUGUUCACACUUGUUCUAUGUUAUUUAACUUGCAUUCACUCGCUACACAUGAGGGGCAAUUUGCAGAGGCCAAUUAACCUAACAUCCCACAAGUCUCUGGAAUGUGAGGAAACCCACACGGCCACAAUGACAACAUGAAAACUCCACACAGACAGCAUUAGGGGUCAGCAUUGUACCUGGGUCUGUGGUGCUGUGAUGCAGCAGUGCUACCAGCUGCACCACUGCACCACCUACAUCUUAUCUACUGGGGUAAAUUAUGGAAUUUAAUUAAUGGGCAGAAGGAUAACAUUUAAGACAGUCAGAAAGUUUGCUGUGAAAUUAAGGCUUCCAUAUAGGGUGAUUUCACCAAAUGUCAAAAGAGUGUAGAUCCCCCCUCACGUGACCGAAAAAUUUAACUGGAGGACAUAUGUCACUUCGGUACAAGUUAGUGAAUGGGGAAACACGCACUUUCACACCCGUUAAAAACAUGGAAAACGGCCGAUUUUUGAGCUGAGAUUUUCUGUGCUAGUCGGGGUGACCGUGAAGCACAGCGACCUAAAUUUUCAGGCAAGAAAAAAGAUAGAAAGUAAGGUAAUUACAAGAGGGAACUGAAGGUGGAAAAACAGCGGAAGUGAACAGCAGACAUUUGCCGUGGAGAUUUAAAGAUCCAAAAUAUCGGGAAUUAUCGCGUUUGCUCGCUGAAUUUCAUCAAAAGUAAGGCAUUAUUAACUUACUAUUUUGGAUCUUUAAAUCUCCACGGCAAAUGUCUGCUGUUCACUUCCGCUGUUUUUCCACCUUCACGGUCACCCCGACUAGCACAGAAAAUUUCAGCUCAAAAAUCGGCCGUUUUCCAUGUUUUUAAUGGGUGUGAAAGUGCGUGUUUCCCCAUUCACUAACAUGUACCGAAGUGACAUAUGUCCUCCAGUUAAAUUUUUCGGUCACGUGAGGGGGGAUCUACGCUCAUUUGACAUUUGGUGAAAUCACCCUAUAGACUAAAGAAAAUGUACAUUUUUUAUGAGCUUUAUUAAAGUUUAUUCUGUUCUUGAUUAUCAAAUUGUAUUAUUGUUUUUUUAACAUCUUGUUCUUGUCCUGUCGAAAUUCACAGUUUGGAAUUUUGAACAAAGGUUUGACUGAAUUGAAAUUAAAGACCAUAUUGCACAAUG